UAUAUAUAUAUAUAUAUAUAUAUAUAUAUAUAUAUAUAAACCACUGAAGAUAGAAUUGCGUCAUUCUGUUGUUCCGACACGAUACACAACAGGCCACCCGACACGUAGUAUCUGGCUCAGUGAAACUAGAACAACAUGGCGACACAGAUGGGGCCGCUGGUUUUUCUUUUGGUUUUAUGGUUUACGGCAGUGUCUCUGGCAGUGCAAUGUACGUACAAGAACACAUAUAGCAGAGUGACCAUAGACUGUGACCGUGGAUGCUGUGCCUUAGUAAUUAACCGUGACGAUUACAAGAAAGAGGACGUAUGCUGUUCACCGAUGUCGGCAUCGACUAUUGCCACCAUUGUUGGAGGGGUUAUUGUUGGAAUCGCAUUUACCGUGAUACUUACUAUAGGAUGUAUUUGCCUUUUUCACAAGAUUGCUGGGGAACGACAAAACGCCAGUAGUGGCCCUCACUCCAAUCAGCAUAUUGGAGUUGUUAUGACGUCAUCGCCGCCAGCCGUAACUACCAACGCGUAUUAUGCGGCCCCUCCACAGUAUAAUCAGGUUGUCUCUAACAAUACAGGACCAGCGAAUCCACACGUGAACCCCGCAUACGACAACAAGGUCUAAGCACUGGAACCCGUAACAGAACAGAACAGAACUUUAUUUGAGGAACACAUAUAUACAUACAUAUCAGCGUCAAGAUAACAGGCUUCAAUAAAACAAAUAAUUCAUAUACUGUACAUACUAGAAUUCUUAGGAGGAACAGAAAGUUUUGUUAAUAAUAGUUAUAAAUUUACAUAGCUUUCUAAGGAUGCCAGUUUUUUUACAAUUAAAAAGCUGCUUAAAUUUAUGAAUAUUUGGUCUAAUGGUAUAAUAUUUAUGAAUAUAUUUACAUCUUUCUUCAAUAAAUUUUGUACAAACAAAUAAAUAAUGAAAUUCAUCACCAACGUCAUCAGUAGAACAAUAAAUACAUUUUCUCUCUGCAUAUGAAAUAUUGGACCACCUUCCUGUCUCAGUAGGUAAAAAGUGAUUAGCAAUACGAAAUCUAAGAAAUACAUUACACAUAGUUUUAUCCAAUAUAUUAAAAUACUUUUCAAAAUUCAAGUUCUCUUUAAAUAUUUUGUAAGUUAAACCUUUAUUAGAUUUUGAAAGAUCGCUUUGCCAGUUCUGCAAAAACUGGUCCGAGAGUCUUUGUUUAACUAAUGUUUUUAACCACGUACUUGACCUAACAGUUUGCUUAUCCCAAAUAUUGUUUAAUCCAAGCCUAUAAAGUAUAUCGCUAACAUUAAUAAUCCAUUUAUGGUUUGUUCCACAUUGUAAAUACGGUAGUCAUAAAAUAAUAGUUUGUAGAUCUGUACUGAUGGCUUGGAAGGUUUAUCAGUCAAAAGACGAGCCCAGAAAACAUACAAUACGCAAUGACAGUAUACGUAACGGUGGUUUUCUUCCAAACUCCCCAUACAACAUAUAAAUAGGAGUACUUUUUCUUUGGUUUGCUAAGUAUCGUAAAAACUGGAUAUGUACAUUUUCUAAUACAUUAGAUUUCACGACCAUAAAGUAAUAUAGGAACAACAAUUGCAUCACAUAAUUUUAAACGAUAUUCAAUGGACAAACAGUAUUCAUUUGAUUUCUUUAAAAUAUAAAACAUGGCUUUGCGAGCCUGCUGUGCUAAAUAUUUUUUGCAUAUGUUAAAUUUAUUAUUUUUUUCGAACCAUAUUCCUAAAUAUUUAUAUUCGCUUACAUUUUUAAUCUCAAGAGUACCUAAGUGGAAAACUUUCUUAUAGUCCUUUUUUGUACCUCCGAAUAUAACAAUCUUUGUUUUUGUUACGUUUACUGUUAGUUUCCAUGUUUUACAAUAUGUGUCAUAAGAAUUUAACAUGUGCUGAAGGUCACUUUCGUUUCUUGUCAAUAGGGCUGUAUCAUCAGCAUAUAACAUAAUAAAAAGUGUUAGACCAAUGUCAAGAUAUAUAUCAAAAUCAAAAGCACUAACUGUAAUUCCUUUGCACUGUUGAGACUUCAAAUAGUCCUCCAAAUCAUUUAAAAACAAGGAGAAUAUAAAAGAGGUGACACAUUUCCUCCUUGCCUCACGCCAAUGUCACAAGUGAAAUAUUUAGAAAGUUCACCGUACUAUUCUGAAAAAAUUUCAUCAAUGUUAUAUUUCAAUAGUUUGGACCAAAGUCCUACUCUCCAUAUAGUAUCAAAAGCUUUUUUUAGGUCAACAAAAGCACAAUAUAAUUUUUCUUUUUUUCUUUUUAACAAUUCAGUUAUUGCAUAAAGUAAGAAGACGUUAUCAUUAGUGGAAUAAACUUUUCUGAAACCAGCUUGGGAUUCCGAUAAAAUAUUAAUUCUCUCAACAUAUUCAGUUAAUCCGUUGUUAAGUAUGUUCGUGAACAGCUUACUAAAACACGACAGUAAAGUUAUAGGUCUAUAGUUCUCAACACUUCUCGUGCCUCCAUGUUUUUUAUAUAAAUCUGUAAUAAUACCAAUCAGCCAUUCUUUUGGGAAAAUUCCACUGUCCAUAAUUAAAUUAAAUAAUGUUACAUAAACCAAAAGGAAUUUGUCAACUGUAGUUUUGAUAUACUCAUUUAUAAUGCCAUCGUGAUGACCUGAUGAUUUAUUAUUUUAAAUUUGUUUCACAGCUUUCAGCACGUCAACAGCCAAUCUUAUUUACAUCACAUAAAUUAUCACUAUCAUCAUUUUCAUACAUGUAAUUAUUAUCUUUAAAAUAACAAUAAAACUCUUGUAACAAAGGA